AGCGGUGCAGCCCAGCAUCCAGUUUUGAGCCAGUAUGGUGUCAGUUUCCUCUCCUGUCGAAGGGGUAGUUCAGCCUGCGGUGAAUGAAGUCAGCUGACUCCCCGAUCUCUCGCUUUGCUGACAAGUUCCUUGCUGGAGGAGGGAGAGAAAAAGCUUUAAAUAAUUUCGUUUCUCGAAGAUUUAAAUUACCAGGAUGGAUUUCUCGAAGCUGCCCAAGAUCCGCGAUGAAGAGCGGGAGAGCGAGUUUGGAUACGUGCAUGGGGUGUCGGGACCUGGUCAGUCACUUUUCUUUCCGGCUUGUCUCGGGUGCGGCAGCGUAACUGAUCGCAGGAUCGGCCUGCUCCUGCCCGCGCCCAGAGACAAAUCUGCAAAACUAAACGGCUCACAUUCACGAAUCUCGGGCCUCCAGUGUGGGAGGUGCUGGGCGAAAUCCUUGAAGCGGCCUGGCAGAGAGCCGUACAGUCGGGCUGCUUCCUGGGGAGACAGGAGGGUGAGUCUGUCUCUCUCGAUACCCCCCGCAGGGAUCACGCUGUCCGAGUACUUCAGAGACAUGGGCUACAACGUGAGCAUGAUGGCGGACUCCACCUCACGAUGGGCCGAGGCGCUCAGGGAGAUCUCGGGCCGUCUGGCGGAGAUGCCUGCUGACAGCGGCUAUCCUGCCUACCUGGGCGCCCGCCUGGCCUCCUUCUACGAGCGGGCUGGCCGUGUCAAAUGCCUGGGUAACCCGGAGAGAGAAGGCAGCGUGAGCAUCGUGGGAGCUGUGUCGCCCCCUGGUGGCGAUUUCUCAGACCCCGUGACUUCAGCCACUCUUGGUAUAGUCCAGGUGUUCUGGGGUCUGGACAAGAAGCUGGCUCAGAGGAAGCACUUCCCCUCGGUCAACUGGCUGAUCAGCUACAGCAAGUACACACGGGCGCUGGACGAGUACUACGACAAGCACUUCCCCGAGUUCGUGCCCCUGCGCACCAAGGCCAAGGAGAUCCUGCAGGAGGAGGAGGACCUGGCUGAGAUCGUGCAGCUGGUGGGCAAGGCCUCUCUGGCAGAGUCUGACAAGAUCACGCUGGAAGUGGCCAAGCUGAUUAAAGAUGACUUCCUGCAGCAGAACGGCUACACACCGUAUGACAGGUUCUGCCCGUUCUACAAGACGGUGGGCAUCCUUUCCAACAUGAUUGCUUUCUACGACAUGGCGCGGCACGCGGUGGAGUCCACGGCGCAGAGCGACAACAAGGUCACCUGGGCCAUGAUCCGCGAGCACAUGGGCGAGACGCUCUACAAGCUCAGCUCCAUGAAGUUCAAGGACCCAGUGAAGGACGGGGAGGCCAAGAUCAAGGCGGACUACGCCCAGCUGCUGGAGGACAUGCAGAAUGGCUUCCGCAGCCUGGAGGACUAGCGCCCCCUGCAGGACAGCGCCGCAGGCGUCGGAGCUCCCUGUGCAGUGCAGUAUUCCAGCAAAACAACACCCUGGUGUCUCCAACCCCCCCCCCCCCCCACAGCUGUACAUUCCUAAACUCUAUAACCUUCUCCUAACCUUCUUGAAAUUUUUAAAUUCUGUUGAGAUUUAAAAUGUGUUGAGUUGCCUUUAUGUCGUGUGAAAGGAUCGUCGGUGUCUGAGGCCUGCUGUCCCGCCGAGGGGUGUGUCAGGGAGGCAGGCCCCAGCUCCGUGCGAGCAGUCAUGCAGGCAGAGGGCGAGGGACGGGUGGCCCAGCUGGGUGUGCCUCUCGCCCCAGGCCCGUCCCGUGCAGUCUCCACGCACGUCCAUGCGGGAGGGAGGAAGCACUGUUUCAGGCCGCCGGGAGGAACACUUCGAUACCUGCAGCGCUCGAAUGCACAGGGGGACCUGAGGGCUCAGACAAAAUAGUUUUACAACCUGAAACUGUGAAACUUAUUGAGCAUCUUCUCCAGUAUGGCCAGAAGCACAGACGAGGCGAAAUGGCCAGUUAGGAACAGGAACUAAAUAAGGGGUAUAAAGGGUGUACUUGGCCAACUGGGUUGACCUUGAGUGGUCUGCUGCAGUGGCCGUUGUCAGAAGCGUCCAUUACCCCCAGCACAGGCCCAGACAGGGACCGAGACACUGCAGUGCCUCAUGUCCACCGCCCCUCUCUGCGGCUGUCCGCUGUCCUGCUCUUUGACCGCAGUCUGUGUCCACACAGCGUGCUCUCUCUCCCUCCCUCCCUCCCUCUUGUCCCUGUUCCAGUUCAACAUUGCGGUUCUGAAGCCCAUUUACUCUCCAGCUCUGAUUUCAAAACAUUUCCAUUUCUUUUUUUUACUUGGCGUUGCUAUCAUCUCAUAGAUCUAGUUGUAGAUUUAAAUAAAUAAAAAAAACAAUGGAUGUACUUAUUGUUGAUGUUCCUUCUAUAAAGAAAAACAACUUAAUAGUCAUAACUUAAAAACUGCAGAUGUUUCAAGUUUGAAACAAGGGAUGGAACAGUUGUAUAUUUAUUGCAGGCAGGCUACAGAGGCCUGUUUGUGGUUCUGUAUUUUCAGGUGUUUUUCUGUUUGUUUUUUCACGGUUUAGUCAAUCGUGUUUGCUGUGUGUGUGGUUGUGCGCCGAGGUGCACAUUUUUCAUGUCCUGUUCAGUGGUUCAUGUGUUAAGUUGUUUGAGUCCCAAAGAAUAAAGUGAUCAGAUCUAA